GAUGCAUGCCCUAGCAUCACAGAUUUUUUGAGGGCAUCUUGAUGCCUAGUGAGCAUGACAAAUGUCCUCUCUGCGUAGCAAAAAUUGCAUUCUCUUUGCUGCUCAUGCAAUAAAUUCAAAUGCAGCAUCACAAGUUGCAACCUUCCAGAGGACCCAGACACUUUUGCAUUUGAUAGUUGCAUUUGAUAAGAGAACGAUGCGGAUUUUCAAAACCCUCGCGUGUUCCUCCCUCUUGGGAACUUCGAUCCUGCUAUCCGAGUACGCCACUGCUCCCCGUCCCCCUCAUUUGAUGUCAUGCAAAAGCGCAAUCCUGCUGCACGUUGUCAGUAAUGAUGAUCAGUAUCACUGUCCUUUAGUAAAAACUAUUUUGCAUGACAAGUUUCAGAACCAGCACCAGGAGCAGCACUAGGAACAGCACUGAGCUCCAUCGAAGUACUCACUCAUUUGUCAUACAGAGCAUACACUUUUGCCAUCCUGUCUGUUUUUAUGCUAGUUCUUGAUUCCAAAUGAGGGGGAGCAGGAAGAGUUGUGCCCUCUUAUACCUGCCGGCUGCGGGCACGAGCAUGACUUCUGGCUUGAACGUAGGACAAUUUUGCGGCAUGAUGGGGGUCAUGAUGACCAACCCGGCCGCCCCUGCCUUAUGGGAUUCUCAAACGUUAACAUUGAUAUGAUUUAGCAUGCGAAGUGACAAGAAGGAUCACCUUCACCCUCCAGCGCCCCACGACGACCAAGUAGAUGCUUCGCAUGACAAGAUAUUCUCGAGCCGCUUGGAAAUAGCGCGGAAACUAAAUCUGCGCCAAAUUUGUAAUGCAAGCUGCGCGAGCUCGCCCUUUUGCUUGUUUUCUUUUUCACUUUCGCUAUUCUUGCCUCACAAAAUCAGCGCCCGAGGAGUGUGAUGAUCAGACGGCUUUGGUGUCGUGCCUGACUCCGUGACAAGGAGGCCAACUUAGUACCACGUGGCGGGAAGCAGGUGCCCUAUGGGUCGCUGCCUUUGUGGUUUCAGUAUCACAAAAAAAUCAUGCAAAACAGCAAUCAAUGUACUAGCGGUUGAGAGCCGUUCCAUAUGCCUGUGAAAAUGCUUGCAAAGGGAUUUAUACGGUAUGCCAGGACAAUGCGCUCACGACCGACAUGAGCGCGGUGCCGGAGUUUGAAUUUUAUUGAAAAGAAAAACUCCCCCUGCCCAUAUUGAAAGUGUAGGUUUCCGAAAAUUUGUGUAUGCUGAUUUUAGGUCAUGGUCACAGAUCACAUUUGUCUUGAAAGAAGACAAGGGCAGAAGCUUUCGCCCCGUUACGGGAGCGAUUUCGCAUGCUGUUGGGCGUCCUGCUAGAGGGCAGCCGUUUGUAGUAAUGCUGAACAAAACUAGACCCAGACGCCCCUACCUAGGGCUGGGGAUCUGGCCGCAAUGCCUUUCUGCAAUCCAACGCGCAUUUGUGUACACAAAUCCAGCAUUAGAAAUUCUGUUUUGAUAUGGGGAGGGGGGAUUUUUCCUUUCGAUAACUUUAUGUCCGUGGUUUGCAAAGCGGGUUGUUACCCUGAGGCGAAAAUGUUCAUCACCUGUUAUCGCAACGCCAACCCCAACGACGCCAACCAGCCGUCAGACGCGGAGAUGGACGCCGCGUACACGCAACAAUGCGGGGCCGCGCCUCCGACGCAUUCCAGCCUUCUCUCUUCCUCCGCCGCGGCCACGGGUCCCUCCAAGACGACGCUGCUCCUGUCUGUCGUGGCUGCAGCGGCCGGGUUGUUCCUGGCUACUUAUCAGACGGAUCUCAAACUCAUUUUUAUAUGGUUUGCUGUUGUCAUGCAAAUAAAUCGUCCUGCACGAAGAUCAUCAAGCUAGUACCUCGCAUGACAAAUUUGUAAAGCGCUAGUACAACGCAUGGAGAAAAGCAAAAGCAAUUUUUUUUGUAUAUUUUUAUGCAAGAUGCGCGAGGGCAGACUUUUGUUCUUUCCCCCUUGCCCUUCACUUUUUCUCUACUUCUUGCAUCAGCAUCUUCGCAAACUCACAUAAGAGCUAUCCAUGUAUUAACGUUUGAGAACUCCAUAGUUUGGCUUUGCAGUAAGCUGCAGGAGAGCCGAUGGCUUUAGUGCAGUGACCUUGCCCUCCAAGUAGACAUUCUAUUCGAGUGUCUAGAAGUCGAGCAAGAGGCUCUUCUAUCCGAAAAAAUUUGAAAUUGGAAUUAUUUGAACGCGAAUAUUGUAUUUUAGUAGUUUUAAUACUUCACAGUUUGCCAAUAACAUUUACACAUUUACACAAUUUACUACCUGUCUUCCUCAUUUCUGCUUUUCUGGUUUUUCGUAUAAUUUCUUUCGCCAUGAUUUGAAGCUGAACAGUACCACCCACCAAUCGUGUAAGUACAACUAAAGUAGUAUCAUCUUCAACAUUCAAAAACGUAAAGUAGUGUACUCAAAUUUUUGUAUCCGUUCUUGCGUAUUAUAGUCUAUAUGCAGCAUCUGGAGGACGUCAAGUGGCGCUUGUGGCGCAGGAUGUCGGACGCAGGAGGUCGCCGCGACUGGCGCAACUACAACAAGCUCACUUCGUCUACUCUCAUAUCGACGACGUCCAUUUUAAACUAGGAAAACCUAUUUCACUGUAAAAUAAAACUUGCGAUGCGUGGGAUGCAGCACAAAAGUAGACGUGUUUGUCGUGCCGCUAGUUGUACACUACAUGCAACAAGAGAGGGCAUAAUUUUCAGCCCGCCUGUGAUUUUCCCUUCAUAUCAGGCACGCAUGGCGGGUUUUCGUGCUGAAAAUAAAUACACUUGCGACGCACGGCACACUUACAGUGAUUACAGUGAAGCACUUUUUCUACUUCCGAUGCGUUUAUGAUGUCCGAUUUUUUCAUCCGUAGUUCUAGUAUCACCUACAACAUUAGUUUAUUUCAGUAUCAGCCUGAGUCAUGUUUUGUAGAAAGCCAACGAAGUGUUUCUUUGACGCGGUGCAUCCUUCUAAUCUGUGCUUUCUGAAAAUAAAGUAAUAAAACGCUCUUCGUGAAAAAAGUAGAAUAAAAAACGUACAAAAAAACUCACUGCGCGCGGCGUCUUCAUCUACACGAUGGAUGCACCAGCUGCGCUUUGAUUUUUAUGCGGAAACUGAAGCACACGGGCAGUGUCAUUUUUCCCGUGCAGGAGAAGGAGCUGGACGUGCAGGAGCUCCUGGACAAGGACGACGUGCGACGCACGGGAGUAGAAAAAUAAAGACUGUGACGAAUAAAGCCAAUAUCGAUAAAAUGAAAUAAAAUCGAUAUCGGUCCCAAAGUAGAUGUCGAACGAGCUUCCUCGGUAGUUUCAUAAUAUUCGUGCGCCACGAUUUCCGUCUAUAGACGAUGACAACAAGCUUUUUUCCACAGCCUCGGUUUGCUAGAGCGUCUCGUGCACCACGGUUGCAACAUAAACUUCCUCGGUUUCGUGCACCAUUGCGCAAUUUUUAAAUCCUCGUGCGUCAGCAUACAAGAAUAUAUAAAUUCUUGCGCUUUCCUAUUAAUAUCCUGUGCUAACGUAGUACAAUAAUCGUCUUCGUGCAGCAAGAAAACAAGGAACACGACGGGGGCGCUGCAGAGGCCGCAUAGUUGGCAGUGCAUUUGCGUGGUGUCCUCUUGUUA